AUGGCAAGUACUCUCCAAUCAUCCGCUCUGUCCGGGGUUUCCAUUGGUUUGCAGGUACUGGCUUUUGCAUUCCUGAUACCUUCAGCUUUUACUCUUAGGAUCGUUCAAUCGAAAUGGGCCACGGCUGUGGAGGUUCUAGCGGUCCUAAUAUCGCUGGUUGGGCUCUGGAUCUAUGGCGGUAGUGGAUAUCACACGUAUAUAAUCCCCCAAGUCGGAUUGACUAUUCUUCUGUUUAUACGACAAUCACUGGGACUAUAUAUUCAUCAAAAGCAGAAUAUUCACUCCGCAUAUGUUGCGAAACGCCUGGGCCAUGCUUACAGUCUUGCAACCAUAGGACUGUUUACUCUUGGUUGGUACCAUAUAACAGCUGGGUCCCUGGAGUCUGUUGGUAUUCGCGAUCACUACUACAAUACUCUCUCACAUGCAAUUCUCCUGCUUCUUGCAAUGAGCGAAGGGCUCCUACUGCUCUCUUCUGCUGCUGGGCUGUGGCCGCGUCAGAGUAAUCAGACGCCCGACUACUAUGAUUCUGUACUCCUUCUUGUGUGCAGCUUAGUUUUUGUGGUGGUCUUGAUAGUCGGGUACCACGCAGACGAGGACUGGCAUUUUCUUCUUACACGGUUAGAGCAUUUCGCGUACACAAUAAUGGUGUUUAGUGGGGCAAUAGCCAGCAUCAUGGUUAGUACGAGAAAGGGACAUCAGACCAAGAGAAAUAUUAUACCAGCACUUAUCACUGUGGUCCUCGGGCUAUUGUUCACCUCUCAUCAACAAGAGGCUACACUAGUGAAGAAAGUCCACGAAACCAUGGGGUAUACUAUGGUGGUUGCGGCGGCUUUCAGGAUUGUGGAAAUCCUGGUUGUGCCCCAUUGGGCGGCCAAGGCUCCAACAGACGUCCAUAGCAAUCUGCGUUAUGUGACCCCACUGGUAUUAUAUUAUCUUGCUUUGAGUGUUUGA